AUGGCGAAUAAUGCGAUUGUGGUGAAUCCGGCUCGACUGGGGAAGAGUGGAGAGAGAAGGCUCGCAUCGGUUAAUCCGGAAGACUUAACUGAUGGAGAAGAGGGAGAAGAGACGAAGGCAAGGCUUUCUCUUUCUCGUCCGGCGAUUUCAGACCCAUCGCACCCGACUGGAGAGCUCCGGUGGUCGACUAGACGGAAGAAGAACAUGGGCAGAAGUAGUGAUGCUGCAGUGGGGUUGGCGAAAGGGAAUGGAGAUGUGGGAGUGACGGGGUUCGAUCAGUGGCAAGAAAGGGUCCCGAUGGGACCGAAGAGAAGGAAAAGCGGAUGGGGAUUCGGUCUCGGUGGUGAUCGACGAGCAAAAAGGGCGAGGAACAGCCUUCCUCCGACUAUUGCAGAUAUACCCGAGAACAAGAAUAGUUGA